UACCUGGAAUCAAAGAAUCAAACCGAACGAACGAACGAACGUUCAAGUCAUCAAUCAUCAUCGUCGCUAUCUUCCGCCGUUUUAGAGUGCAACCAGCAAACCCGCCGGAAAAUUUUCUUGUAAGGAAGCAGCCUAGAAAUGUUAAGAUCUUCCUCCAACUGCCUUCCCCCUCGUUUGUUGGCUUCUCCGUCCCCCCUCUAUGCUCUUAUCCCCGCCCCCAAAGUUCGUAGGUGCUUUUCCUCUUCACUACUGCCAAGGCCUCAUCGUCCUUCCCAAAUCAGUGCCCCGCAUUCUUUGCUCCUCAAUCGCCGUAUCUGUUAUAAUUUUAGCUCCAGAUUCGAUCGAGUUUCGGGGAUGACCGGUCAUCCUUGCAUCCCCAGGGCUACAGCCUCAUUUAGCUCCGGAAGCAACUCGGGUGGCAGAGAAAUAUUAGUGCAGCAUUUGCUUGUAAAAGAAGAUGAUCAGAAACUUUUGCUUGAGUUGCAGAGAAGAGCUGCUCAAGGUGAGGAUUUGAGUGAUUUGGCUGUUGAAUACUCGAUCUGUCCAUCGAAAGAGGAAGGUGGGAUGCUUGGUUGGGUGAAAAAGGGACAGAUGGUGCCCGAAUUUGAAGAUGCCGCGUUCAAUGCUCCCCUAAAUAAAAUUGUGAGUUGCAAGACAAACUUCGGGUGGCACUUGUUGCAAGUUCUGUCUGAAAGAGAGGAAUCUGUUCUUCAACAAAUUCAACCAAUUGAGCUUCAUGAGAAUUUGCAAGAUCCAUCUUUUGUCGAAGAGGCGCAACUGAUUGAUGUUAGGGAACCUGAUGAAGUGGCACAAGCUUCAUUGCCCGGUUUCAAAGUUCUUCCGCUUAGGCAGUUUGCAAACUGGGGACCUGAAAUCGCACAGAAGUUUGAUCCAGAGAAAGAUACAUAUGUUCUGUGCCACCAUGGUAUGCGGUCGAUGCAAGUGGCCCAGUGGUUGCAGUCACAGCAGGGUUUCAGGAAAGUUUUCAACAUUGAUGGAGGAAUUCAUCAAUAUGCUGUUAAAGCGGAUCCUUCAAUCCCGACUUACUGACUUUGUUGUUUUCACUUUCUUGUGUGUUUUAUUAUCCUAUCAUCCAUCAUUGGAUUGGAUGAAAUUAGUAUUGCUUGAAAUUCAAAUUCUCAUUUCUCCUUAGCUUGUAUAUUUGUGGAGCAUUGGCUGCUAAUGACGUUUAGGAUGAUGGCCUUCAGAGAAA